UUCUCGUCGACGAUCGUCUCGUUCGGAGCAGUGCGCGCGCGCGCGCACGCACCACAAGCGUGCUUCUCUGUCUCUCUCUAUCUGUCUCUGCUGUCGUCUGUCCACACACAUCUCACUCUCUCUCUCUCUCUCUCUCUCUCUCCCUCUCUUUCUCUCCCUUUCUCUCUCUCUCUCUCUCUCUCUCUCUCUCUGUCUCUCUUUGUUUUUUUUUGUUCCUCCCCAUCCUCCCACCCACCGCCCGCCGUGUCUCUCGUCGACGUGUUCGACGACGUCUUUUUUCACGGCUCCUGUGUAUAUCUCUGCUAUUCGCCGUCUCUGCGUCCUCUAUUUUUUUUUCCCUAUUUUUUUUCCUUCUCCUUCUUCUUCUUCUUCUUCUCCUUCUCCUUCUCCUUCUCCUUCUCCUUCUCUAUAUGUUUCUUCACGCUCGCUUCUUAAUCUCGGUCUCUCUCUUUAUUCGUGAAUUCGUCUAAUCGUACUUAUACUACGUAAAAACAAGUAUAUACGCAUAUAUAUAUAUAUAUAUAUAUAUAUAUAUAUAUAUAUAAACGUUUAUGUUUUAUUCGUUCGCGCGAAUAGAAAAUAACAUCUAGUAUAUGUGUGUGUAUGUGCGCGCGUAUUUUCGAAGAUAGAUGAGGGGUUAAUAAGAGAGUGAUGAUUGUGUGCCUGGAGCGGGACCGACUGCGUGAACGGGAGAGACAGGCCCGUGCCGCGAUGUCGGUUCAGGCAGAACAAGCGGCUGCGGGAGGAAGUGCUGAUCCGAGACACCAUCACCAUAGCCAUCAUAGUCAUGCUCAUCACCAUGCAAACACACACAGUAGUGCAUCACUUUUCCGUGCUCCCGUGAAGGUGAAUCCAGAUACCCAAGACCGUACUACCCAGCAAAUUCAAUCUAAGCUGGGUAAUUAUUCUUUGGUGAAGCACCUCUUAGAUGAACCAAAGAGGUUAAUUGGAAUCGAGGGUGUCCCAGCAAGUCCUGCACCAUGUACUACUUCUUCCUCUCAUCGUACUGCUGUUAGCACAAUCGGAUCAAGCUCCAGGAGUUCACCAUCUUCGCAGGAAUUUAAAAAGCCCGGUGGCCCAAGGACGAGUAAUUCCUCGUCUUCCACUACGACGUCCUCCACAACUUCUUCAACGACAUCCUCCACUUCAUCUUCCUCUACGUCGUCGAGCCAUCAACGUGGUGCAUUCGUUAAGCCUGUUGACGGAAAACCACCUUAUGGCGUCCGUACAGGUUAUUCCGGACAGCUAAAACAUUCUGGAAACAGUAAUAGUGAUCAUCGGAAUCACAGUUUACUGUCCCUUAAGGGACAACCUGUUAAAUCGCCUGGAAAUAUCUUAUCCGGGAAUGUAUCCAACAUUGGCAACUCUGCCAAUCGACUUCAUACAGCUGCAAGCAGAUUAUCAAGGUUACCUCUGGAUAACAAACAUAACCCAAGUGAAAAUUCAGCGGACGUGGAAAAUAUUCUGAAGGAAAUGACAAUCCCACCGACUCCAUUAACAGCUAUUGCACAAACACCAAGGAAAGAGCUGGAGUCGAAGUUCACGUUUAAUCCGGUUUUAGCAAAGCUGACCGAAGUUCUUCCGUCAGAUGCCACGAAAACCCUUGAACGGGACAGACACUCCAGUAGCAGAUUGUCCGCUGAUCUGGAAAGAGAUUUAAGCCUAUCAGAGGAUAGCGAGGAUGAAACAAAUAAGAACACUUUACCUAGACCCAUUAGAGGCAACAGAAGUCCAAACGUUUCUGUUAGUCUACCAACCCCAUUAAUGUCAACCAUGGUACCGGGAUCUGCCACUAUUGCACCUAUGUCUCCAAUGCCAAUAUCACCGGUGGGAUCGCUAUCACCUUCGAGGCCUUUGAGUUUACCUCGACCAUCCCCGCCGUUAAAACAAUUAACACCGGAAAAAGUUACGUCGCCAACAUUGGUUAGUCCAUUGAGAACUAAAGAUUCACCUAAUACGUCAACUCAUCAUCGGCCGCCAAGUCCUCCCGGACAAGCCCCACAAAGUUCCGGAAGUGCGAGUUCUAGCUCGGACUCUGGUUCAGAUUCUGGGAGCGAUAGCAGCGAUGAUUCUGAUGAUGAGAACGUUCAACCAAUUGCGAAGGGACCUUCAACACCUCCCUCUGUCUCUCCUGGAGUAGUUGAAGAACCACCGCCUGAGGUUGAAGAAUCUAAACCAAGAUGGAAUUUGAGUUCCUUCUUUAGCAAGUCUUCCGUGCCACCGGGUGAUCAAAAUUCAGAAACAAAAACUAUGGUUCAGGAUGAGAUCAGACCGGAGGGUACACCAGAAGAACCAUCGGAGAUAAGAGUACAUAGAGAAAAGUCUCACGAUUGGCAUUUAGAUGAUGCUUUAAAAAGAACUCAUAAUCCGACGAUGAUGAGUUUACUAAGUGACAGCAGUCAUCAUUCAGAUCAAGAAAAAGGUCAGACUGUUGAAGAAAGUCAUUUAGAGAUAGAAAAACCAAAAGUAGCGGACACAAGAAAACGUGGUCGACCGAGAAAAUCGGCGAAAAGUCCAAAGCGCGAUCGUAGAACGUCAGAUGAAAAUACAAAAAGUACUAAAUCGCGUAGUAGGACACGGCCAGUUAAUAAAAAAAAGAGAUCGAUAUCGAAAGCGAUUGUGCCAACUAGCGAUGAUGCAAGUGACAUAAGGUCGCGGGAUGCAUCAACUGAUUCAGAUAGCGAUAAACCGGCCGCAUCAGUUACACCAGCUAUAACAGGUAUAACUGAAAAAAGAAGAUCAAGAUUGAGCAUAUCAUCUAGCGAGGACGAAAGUCCAUCAAAUGGGAAGAAUAGCGGGUCCGAGGGUGAGACAGGUCGUUGGAGAAGAACUUCUGUUAAACAACGUAGUAAACUCGCGGACUCCCCCAAGAAGCAAGAUAAAAAGAAGAGUCCGGCCAAGGCGAAGCCAAGAAGGCCAAGAUCGAGAGUUACUAAUAUCAAUGGCGGUUCCGAUUCCGACAGCGAAUCUGAAGUUGCUACGAGGAAUCGCAUUCAAGUGGCUAGCGUUCACAUGUAUAGAGUUCCACCUAGACCGCGAAUACCACCAACGAGGACAACCUCACCGGACAAUUCUGAUAGCGACAAUAGUCCAACUCCGAAAUUGCAAGAAGACGAUGCCGGCAAUGUUCAGGAUAAGAAAAAGAGCGAUACCUUGCGAAAAUUGUUUUCUAUAUCCAAAGGAGGUGCAAAAGGUGGUGGCAAGGGUGGAAAAGGUGGCAAGGGUGGUGGAAAGUGCGGUAUUUAUGUUCAGGAGUAUACAUCCUCGGCCAAUACACCAAAUGGUAGUGAAAGUCCGUACAAAAGACCGCUAUCGCAAUCUUCAAACACUCAAACAAUACCUCCGUUAACCUAUAAGAACGGUGUGCCCAGUCUAAUGUGCAAGAUAGACCUUAGUAGGAUAGCCCAUUUAUCGCAAAUGUCGAGAGGACAGGAACUCAGGCAACGGACAGAACUUCCGGAUACCAGGCCAUCCUCCAGACAAUCUUCGAGCAUACACGCUCAAGUACCAAGACCACCUACUCCAGAGGAAGGUGAGAUAGUCGAUGCAUCGCCGGUUCAGCAACGUUCAUCGGACGUUAGGAGGACUCAUGGCGAUAAUAAUACAUUGGACCAAAGUGAAAAGAAGAGUCGUUCUAACCUCGUAAAAAAUGAUGCUCGUUCGUCGGACUCAAAAAACUGCUCUGGUAGUGGCAUUCACAGUGCUGGUGGUAGUGCCGGUGCUGGUAGUUCUAGUGCCACGAGUUCUAAUGUAACAAAGAGGAAACGGAAUACCAGCUGCAGUUCAGUUUCUAGUUUAAGUACUGUUUGUUCUACGGAUUUGAAGUCGAAAGGCAGCAGUGCCGAGCACAAAGAGAAAAGGAGGAAAAGGAAGCACGCCGAAUCCGAAACGACCACGCCUAGACCGUCUUCGGCUCAGCAAAAUGACGUACAACCUACAAAUCACGAGCGGGAAGAAAAAAGUGAUACAAAUUUGUUACCACCGCCACCCCCGCCACAACGUAUCUACUAUUCGUAUUUUCACGCGCAAAACGAGGUGUUGGAAGACCAGGACAGGGACCAGAAUCAGUACCUGACGGAAGCAAAACGGCUGAAACAUAGCGCUGACGAGGAGUGCGAACUCACGGCACAAGGUAUGUUAUACUUGGAGGCUGUUUUGUAUUUCUUACUCACUGGCAACGCCAUGGAGUCUGACCCUCUUACAGAACGGGCGUCGUUCACGAUGUAUAGGGACACUCUAAGUCUUAUAAAAUAUAUUUCAUCAAAGUUCAAGAGCCAACAAAAUAACUCUCCAGAGAGCAGUAUAAAUAACAAGUUGGCUGUUCUGAGCCUCUGGUGCCAGUCUCUUUUAUAUUUAAAAAUGUUUAAAAUGCUCAAACACGAAGUGAAAGAAUAUCAAAAGAUCCUUAAUGAAUACCAUCAAAAGCCGGCUCAAGCAACACCAGUACAACCGGAAGGUCAAGGUACACCAUCCUUGUCUCCAACACCAUCUCCUGCCGGUUCAGUUGGUUCGGUCGGUAGUCAAAGUUCCGGUUACAGUAGUGGUGAAUUAGCUAAUAGAGGAGUUGCUUCGGGUCAACCCCAGGCAGCACCUUAUGUCAGUGUUCCACUCCAUGUCCAUAAUGCCAUGGCAAAACAAAAUUAUUACUUUAGUUUGCUGUUAACCUGUCAUGAUCUUUGGGAUCAAGCAAACGCUUUGGUAACAGAUAAACAUAAAGAUUUUUUCAUUGAGCUGGACGAGAAGAUGGGACCUCUAACAUUGAAGAGCUCGUUAUGCGAUCUCGUGCGUUACGUAAAAGCUGGUAUAAAAAAGCUUCGAGCUCUCUGACCACAAUGGCACAGCCCCCGGCCACCUACUCCCAACUACAUUACCUCACUCCCACAAAACAUCGCAACGUAUCCAACGAUGUUCACGUGAAUCCAACGUGACACACAUGUACGUCCUGGAUAUAAUCGUCGUAACAUCGAUAUGGAAAAAAUUUACUUUUUCUAGCCAGGAAAGGAAUAGAAUCUACGUUUUUUUUUUUUUAAACGGGAUGGGAAGGGUGGGAGGGAGGAUUUGGAUGGAAGGGUUGAGGAAAAGGUAAUACAACAAAGGAAAAACCAAUUGGUCACGGGGUGCGAUGGAUAGAUAGAAAAGAUGUAGGAAAGAACAAUGGAGUAAAACUGAAAGAAAACUAAGAAGAAAAAUAGAGAAAAAAAGAAAGAAAGAAAGAAAGAAAGAAAGAUAAGACGAAGAGAGAUACGAAUGUAUUUAAGGAACGAAACAAAAUCCUCGGCCCGCGAUGACGAUAUAAUAAAAUCAUUGACUGUCAUCGUGCAAAAACGUUUUUUCAUCAAGAUAAGCGUUCAUGUCCUUACAGCAAUCAUCGUUAUUAAAAAUGUUAAUAAACAAUGGUCGUUGUAAGGAAAAGAAUCGUUGUGUUUGUUAACACCUUAAUAAUGGCAAUGAUCGUGUGUGUUGGUAAGGAAAUGAUGCGGAGUUUCAUAUAUAGAGGAGAAAAGAAGGGUGGGAAAAAAAAAAUGAAAAAAGAAAAAAAAAAUUAAACAAGAAAGAAAUGGUUUAGCAGGAUGUUAGUCAAUUUUUUUUUUGCGGAUCAUUGUGGGCUAUAUAGAUAAAAAAAAGAAAAUAUAUAUAUAUAUAUAUAUAUAUAUAUAUAUAUAUAUAUAUCGAUGAUUCAAAAGUCGCGUGUGUUUGCCCAACUCUAGGAAAACGAGUUACAACUUAUAUAUAUUUUUUCGAAAUGUCCGCUUUUGUAAGUUAUCGCAUGUAGAUACGAGAAGAUCGAUGAAAGGAGUAUGAAUUGAAAGAAUUAACUAACAAUGAGGAUAAUAAAUAUAGGUAAACGUAAAGUGAUUGGGAGUUUUUUUGAUAGAAAAAUAAUGAGGAGAGGAAGUUCAAUAAAUGGAAGUGAAUAGAAGUGCCACAGGAGCGCCCGUGUUUUCUCGCUUCACGGUGCGCAACAGCCGACGUUACCUGAAGCAUGAGUCUCGUCUUAUCGGCGAUUCGCGUGCGACGAAAAAAAAAAAAAAAAUAAAAAAGAAAAUAAAAAAAAAAAAAUAAUAAAAUACACAAUGAUAUACAUAUAUACAUAUAGUUUAUUACGCAUAUAAAUAUAUAAAUAAUUAUAAAUACAUAUAAAUAUAUACAUGUAUAUAUAUAUAUAUAUAUAUAUAUAUAUAUAUGUAUAUAUAUAUAUAUAUAAACAUAUAAAUAUAUUUAAUGAGAAACGUGGAAAGAUUACAUAAAGCACAGCUGAUAUCCGUCUGGCGGAUUAUUAUACAUAUAUUAAUAUAAAAGAGAAGAUAAAUAAAUAAUAUAAAUAUAAUACGUGUCGCAUAUUCGUCGAUCGGAAAUAUGCGAGUUUAUUAUUAGACGGCAAAAGGGAGGAAAAGAAGAAAACUAAAACAAAAGAAUCGAUGUAAUAUGAUCAAAGGCUGUAGUACUACUAUGUAGUAUAUAUAUAUACAUAUAUAUAUUAUGUAUAUAUAUAUAUAUACACAUAUAUAUAUAUAUAUAUAUAUGUAUAUAUACACAACUGGAAAGCGUGUAAAGAGAAGCAACACAACAAGAACAAGAACAACAACCAACAACAAAAACAAAAACAAAACAAAAAAAGAAAAAAAAGAAACUAAAGAAAAUGGACACACUUUGUAGAUAAAUGACGCGAGAGUAAUUUAAUACGCAACAAAUAGUUAUGAAAAAAAUAAUGCGACAGCGCAAGCAGUACAUAUUGUUUACAUUAUUUAGAAUUAUUAUGGGAAAAAUAAGUAAUUAGUGGUUAAUAGAAUAAUGAAAAAGAGUGUAGUUCAUACGUGUAUACAUAGUACGAUGAGCAGCGAGCAUGGGCAGAGGAGUAGGGAGGGUGGGUGGGUGGGUUAUAGGGGGGGGAUUGAGGAAAGAGUGGGGGCGUAUGUUGUUAACGCCGAUCAAAGAGCCGUAUAAAGGAAGGGAAGAACUUUAUUUACGCGAUAAUGUAUGUAACUGAGAAAGAUAGAAAGGUGUAUAUCCGAUAAGUAAGUUGUUCCAUCUGUAUAUUUUUGUAAAUAGAUAUAUGUGAGUGCCGCCGCCUUGAGGGUGAUCAUCGAUCAAAUCGUCGUUAAUGACUUCGAUAGAUCAAAACGCCCUAAUUUUUGCUACCACAGAACUUAUCGAAAAUCGGGUCCCUUCUGGUAAACAAUAAAAAACACAUCUGUAUACAGACGCGUCCUCGCAUAACACGAUAUACACACAUAUACACACGUACACAUAAGCGCGCGCGCAUACAUAUAGAAAAAGAAAAAGAAAACAAAAAAAAAAAAAAAAAAA